AAUUACAAAUAAGCAGUUGGCAACGCGAUACUGCCGGUUAAACACGCUAACAGCUGAUUGGAUUAUUUAUUUAACACGCAACAUUUAUAGAUGAAAUACAAAUACAAAACAUAUUAUUACCCGUUCAAAUAAGAUUAUUAUUAAUAUAAUGGAUGAUCCAUUAAAACCGAAAUCUGUGCCUUUGGCUGCAGAAACCGUACUAUGUUUUGAGUUUUUACUAGAUCCGCACAAAAUAACAAAACACUUGAGCAAAAAUUCACCUGAACCAAGUGCCGUUGCGCUACUAACAGAAUUUAUUUCAAUGACUCCGGAUACCUUAAUGCCAAAUUAUGAAUUCAAUAUGCCUGCGUCAGAUUCUGAAAACAUAUCAGGUGUAGGGCCCAUGAAUAUUGAUUCCGAAGAAAAAAAACCAGCAGCUAUCGAAGGACUCCGAAUUCAACGCAAACAAUUGGCAUUAAAAAUCUUAGCUCUGAAGGUUGCAACAUGGCUAAAAUGGGAUUUAGAUUUUCUGGAGAAGAACUUACCAACAUCAAAACAACUAUAUUUAUUACGGGAUUUAUUAACAUUAGCUUGUGGCAAACUAAUAUCCAUACCGCUACCAGCUGAUUUCCAGCCUGUAAUAGCCGCUGAUGGUAACGAAAGAGCUGCACGUUUUGCAUUCACAUUCUAUCAUCGUUGGGUGUUAAGAUUGCAGAUAUUAAAGGACAUUGCUAUGAAAUCUGCGCGACCCACUAUAGGCAAUAUGUUUGUACCUGUCGAGCCAUUGCAUACACAUUUUGCGCCAGACAUUGCUCCAAAAGACAGCAUAGAUUAUUUAACGGAACUUUGUAAAUCAACAGAACCAUUCUAUGUAUUUACAAACGAAACGUUUCAACCGCUUCAUUCUAAUAGUGAUAACAUAAAACAAAAUUUCGACUUCAUGCAACAAAUUUCCAAAUUUGAACUCCGUGCCCAAAUACAAUUCGAUAUGGUUAACUUUUAUUUAUACACUAAGCAAUACAGGUUAGCACGUGAAGUGGUUCAACAGUGUUACACAAAUUUUCUCGAGAUGAGGAGAGAAUAUCAGCUAAAAUCCAAGCAACCUGAAGAUUAUAUAUUUUGCCUGCUCAACGAAAAUGAGCUUGAGAGUUAUCUUAUGGCUUGUGGUGUCAGUAUGAAAGGCCAAACCUUAAUGGAACGAUUUAGUUUAUCUCAAAUAAAUGACUUUAAUAAUAUAAUUGAAAUUUUAAGUGAGGAUAAUUUAGCACGGGAAAUACCCUUCUUUGCACGUCGUAAUGUAGAACUAGAUAUUGAAUGUAAUAAUUUACGCAACUCGUCGGAAUAUAAUCUGCUAAAGCUACAAGUGGCGGCACUAAACGUCGUACGUUCAAUAUUUGAAAAGGGCAAAAUGUUUGCAUGUGUAGAAUAUUUCGAAAAGUACAAACAAAUCGAGUCUUGGACAACAAUUCUAGAUGCUAUCACUGUAUUGUAUCCACAUUGUACACCGACUGACCAAAAUAAGUUGAAACAUUUUGUAAUCAAUACAAUGUAUGAGCAGAACUCGAAUCCUGAAUACCUUAAUGAGCUUAAGAAACAUACAUUAUUUACGAAUGUCGAAUUGGAAGAAAUCGCCCGUCAUAUAGUGAAAGAGACAAUAGUUGUGGACGAAUCUGCUAAGAGCAACGAUUGGACAAUUUUGACUGAAGGUUUGCCACACGAAGUAUCACGGCAUUUUGACGUUCAUUCCAAAAUCCGCCAAUUAAUAAAUUGUACAGAUUCUAAGUCUGUACGUACAUUAUUGGUUCAAUUAGCAUCUACAAAUCCGCUGCAACCUUUAUGGACUGUAAAUCCAAGUUGGGAAAUACAUAUCUCCGUUAAAUCGAUUCUAUUAUCAACACCUCCAAGCUUUCAUCAGGACUUCGCAUAUGUUUUACUGGGAAAAUCUCGAACGCAGGCACUUAAAAAUGAAUAUAAUGUGGCGCUUCACUUGUUAGGUGCCUUAAAAAAUGAAACGCAGCGUACAGAAUAUACGAAUUUGUCAAUUGGGCCAAAAAUUGGGAAGUUAGUGACAUGGGAAAUACUUUUAUUGCAAAUAACAAAAUGCUUCGAUGAUUGGGAACUCAAACCCGUGGAAUUGCAAACCAUAGGCAAUCGUUGCAAAAAUUGUUUAAAUGCACUUGCAGCCAAUGAGACGAUAAUACCGCGAAUGGAGAUCGUUGAGAGCUGUGUAGUAAUGCUGCUUAAUUUAAGCGAGCAUAAUACGGUUAUGGCUAUGGACAAAUGCUUACCACAAUUGGAGUUGCCAAUUGCGUUUGCUAAAACUAUGUCUGAUAUGGAAAAAAUGAAGGGUCCCAAAAAAGUAAGUCGAGAAGCAUGGGAUAUAUUGCUGUCGAUGUUUGUAAGUAUUCCCAAACGUACCAAUGGUUCUGGCAGUGCGCGCAAUUCACCAAGUUUACCUGCUUCCGUGGGAUUGCGUCCGUUUUUAAAACGGAUACGUAGUCAAACGUUAUUCUCUGUAUGCAUAUCAUUAAUGGGUAAGAUUUUGAAUCUCUUAAAGGAAGAUCCUAAUAAUGACUUAAGUGGGGAGUUCAUGCAGCUGUGGCCAACAAAUAUAAAUAAUCAUACCGGAUACAAUGGUCGCGCUGUAAGUGAGACAUUGCAUUGGUUGCUAACAGAAGCACUUAAAUAUUAUCCUCAAACAUUGGCUUGGCUGAAAAUGAAAGGAGAUUUAGAACUUGCAAAUAAUAAUAAUGAAGCUGCAAUGCGUUGCUAUGUUAAUGCGUUGAUAUCCGGUACUGAAUACUGCCAUAGCCCGUUGCAACGAAAUGUUGCGGACGAUUUUCUGAUACGCAGAAUGAUGCGUUGUGCGGUCAAUUUAGGUUGUUUCACACAAGCAACCAUUUUGUGUCAGUUCAUGGACGAUAUUGACUACAGUUUAGUGAAUAAGAAUCUUUCAGAGAAAUCUUGCAAUUUUACGGAUGCGAUGGACGCCUAUUACAAUUGUAUUUGGGAUGCAACCUUAUUGGAAUUUGUUAUUAAUUUACAUGCCAAAAGGGGAGAACACAGUCGAAAAUUAGAAGCCAUGUCCAUCAUGAGCUCCUUGGAGUUGAAUGCUAACAAUAAUGAAGAAAUAAAAAAUCAAGCGGCCGCAGUAAGAAAAACACGAUUUUUGCGUGCCUUAGCUAAACAGUAUUUAUUAUAAAAUUGCAUUUUAGAAAUGUAAAUAUAUGAGUAAGAAUCCGUAUAUCCGUAUUAAAAUCUGUAU